GUGACUUCACCGGGCGCCCGGAGCCAACGCGGCACCGAAGGCCGGGUCCCCGCCCACGGCCCCGGCCGCAGGUGCCAGGAGCCCGAGGGGGCCGCGCCUGGACGCGCGGGGCUGGGGACCGACAGGCGCCCGGACUGCGCUCCCGCCUCUGCCUCCGCCUCCUCUUUGUAGCGAGUCCCCGGUCGGUCCUCCCCGCCCCCCGCGCGGCCCGCCGCCCGCCUUUCUUCCUGCCUCGCCUUCCUGCGGCGCGGCGGCCUCAUCUAUUAUAGAUGCUCGGCCGCGGCUGACAUCAGCCAGCGGCCUCCCGAGCGCGCGGUCCCCAGCCCGGCCCAGCCGCCUGCCGCCGCCCGCGCCCAGCCCCGCCGCCCGCUUUCUGUAUGACUGUCACAAAGAUGUCCUGGCGACCGCAGUACCGCAGUUCCAAGUUUCGGAACGUGUACGGGAAAGCGGCCAACAGGGAGCACUGCUUUGACGGGAUCCCCAUCACCAAGAAUGUACAUGACAACCACUUCUGCGCAGUCAACGCCCGCUUCCUGGCCAUAGUCACUGAGAGCGCGGGAGGUGGCUCCUUCCUUGUCAUCCCCCUGGAGCAGACAGGCAGAAUCGAGCCAAACUACCCCAAGGUUUGCGGUCAUCAAGGCAACGUGCUGGACAUCAAAUGGAACCCCUUCAUUGACAACAUCAUCGCCUCUUGCUCCGAGGACACUUCGGUGCGGAUCUGGGAGAUCCCUGACGGUGGGCUGAAGCGGAACAUGACGGAGGCUCUCCUGGAGCUCCACGGACAUAGCCGCCGUGUGGGGCUGGUUGAGUGGCACCCCACGACCAACAACAUUCUGUUUAGUGCUGGCUAUGACUACAAGGUCCUUAUCUGGAACCUGGACAUAGGCGAGCCAGUGAAAAUGAUUGACUGCCACACCGACGUGAUCCUCUGCAUGUCCUUCAAUACAGACGGCAGCCUGCUCACCACCACAUGCAAGGACAAGAAGCUGCGGGUGAUUGAACCCCGCUCCGGCCGUGUUCUACAGGAGGCAAACUGUAAAAACCACAGAGUGAACCGGGUAGUGUUCCUGGGCAACAUGAAGCGGCUCCUCACGACUGGGGUCUCCAGGUGGAACACAAGACAGAUCGCCCUCUGGGACCAGGAGGAUCUGUCCAUGCCAAUGAUCGAGGAAGAAAUUGAUGGACUCUCAGGCCUCCUGUUCCCAUUCUAUGAUGCUGAUACCCACAUGCUCUACCUGGCUGGAAAGGGGGAUGGGAACAUCCGAUACUAUGAGAUCAGCACGGAGAAGCCCUACCUGAGCUACCUCAUGGAGUUCCGCUCCCCGGCCCCACAGAAAGGCCUAGGUGUCAUGCCCAAGCAUGGGCUGGAUGUGUCUGCCUGCGAGGUCUUCCGCUUCUACAAGCUGGUGACCCUCAAGGGCCUGAUUGAACCGAUCUCCAUGAUUGUACCCCGGAGGUCAGAUUCCUAUCAGGAGGACAUAUACCCCAUGACACCAGGCACAGAGCCAGCGCUGACCCCUGAUGAAUGGCUGGGAGGCAUCAACCGAGAUCCCGUGCUGAUGUCUCUGAAGGAAGGCUAUAAGAAGUCUUCAAAAGUGGUAUUUAAGGCCCCCAUCCGAGAAAAGAAGAGCGUUGUCGUCAACGGCAUAGAUUUAUUAGAAAAUGUCCCACCCAGGACUGAGAAUGAGCUCCUCAGGAUGUUCUUCAGGCAGCAGGAUGAGAUUCGAAGGCUGAAGGAGGAGCUGGCACAGAAGGACAUCCGGCUCCGUCAGCUCCAGCUCGAACUGAAAAACCUGCGCAACAACCCCAAGAACUGCUAGCCCCGCCUCGGGCUGAGCAAACCCCGCCUCGGGCUGUUUUCCAAGCCGAUCUCUCCGCUGUUUUUACUGGUCCCUAAACUGCCUCUUAUCUGUAGAGCCCAGAGACAGGGCCUGGAUUGGAGCUGGGGACCAGUCGGUAGACCCUGCCUACCACCUCAAGAACUGGAAGCUGACUUUUGACCUCCUGACUUCAUGCUAACACCGGUCCCCCAGCCUCUCCUGGAAAGCCCACCCCUGACUGGCUGCAGCUUUUCCUUGCAGCCCCAAGAGCCAGGCUUUCCCCCUUGGCUCCCUGCAGGUCUCCUUAGAGGGACAGGAAGAGCGGGAUUACAGCCUGGUUUAGAACUUGAAUGUGUCCCCUGCAGAGGGGCUGCAAGGACCUGUCUACACAGGAACCAGUCGCUCCGACCCCAGCGUUCCUUCUGAAGCACAGGCUGGAUUGAGGGGAGAGCGCUCUGCCCACCUCCUGCCUCCUCGCUCUGCCCACCUCCUGCCUCCUCCUGCUCCCAGCUGCUGAGCAAGCUCAAGUCAUCUCACCCAAUGGUGAGCGCCUGGCAGCCCGCCCUUUUCUUUCUGAACUCUCCCACCCCCUUGUCUUCAGGGAAUGAAGAGAACGCUCUCCACGGCCAUAAUGACCCUCUGCCUACCCUGUGGUUCUCUUCAAAGCUCUUUUACAUCCCUUUUCCAUUUAAUUCGUGAAGCAGGCAGAGUAGGGAUUAGUGUCCCUACUUGUCAAAUGACAGAACUCAGGGGGUCACUCAGAGGGUCAGCAGCAGACCAAGUACCCUUGGUAUCCAGAGCCCCCGCGGCCAGGGCCCUUCCCACUGUAUUGAGAUGCCAAUCCCCUUGUGGGCUUCCCCAGAAAGAGACCUGGAAGCCACUUCCACUGUCUGCCCAACACCAGUAGUGCCAACAUGCAGGCUGAGGCCUUCACACUCAGUACCCCUGGACCCUCCUAGCCUGCACUCCGUGCUCUCACUACCUUCGGGGGUGGGGUAGGGGGUGGGGCUCCAGCUGACGUGAGGCCUCUUCCUGGAAGCUGAGGCAGAGAAAGGAUAGAGCUUGGCCCUAGGGCAGGCAGAGCAAGAUGGCUUCCAGGGACGCUCUCUCUGCCUGUGUCUCCCUCCACCCCACCUCCCUCCCCACUCCCAACCCUGCUUAUCUCAGCCACUUUCAGCCUUACACACGCAGGAUGACCACAGCCACUCCACCCACAUAGCACUUUAAAGUUUACCCAGGUUUUGGACACAUAGAUCUCAUGCAUCUGCCCUACUUUACAGUGAAGGUAACCAGGAAAUGGCCCUCUGCACGCAGCUCUGGGAUGCGGCAUCUCUUUGGUCCUCUACACGCUUCCUUUAGCCCCUCUCCCCUCCCUCUUUCCAUUCCCCACCUAACACAUGGAGCUCAAAAGCCCUGGUGUCAGGACAGUCACCGCCCUUUGGGUAGAGGAGACGCAGGACCUCUGUCCCUGCCUGGGAUCUGUAUACAUAGGACACUUCUUGCCUGCCCAUCCUGCAAAACUUCCCAACUGCAGAUGUGAGCUGAGGUGAGAUUUCUCCAGCCUUGGGGCCUCUCCUCUCCAACCACCGACGCGCCCCACUCCCAGCGUGCUGAAGCGAGUUCUCCCACACCACCACAGCUAGACUGUCAGCUCUCAUCUCCCCUCCACACUUCUGGAAUUUUCUUUCUCUCCAUUGACCUUUGUGGUCUUCUGUGAUUAUUUAUGCUGCCUCCCAAGGUUAGAAUUGAAAUAAAAUGUUUUCAGGUUAUCAA